CAAGCCCUCAUCACCCUCACCAGUAAGAUCUCCAGCUCAUGCUCAAACCCGGACUCACAGGCACAACAAAGUAUCUGAGAUCCAGUAUCAUGCCGACCGAAUUGCUCUUCUUCGGCGCCGGCGCCAUUGGAGCCUUCUACGCUUCUAGAGUUGCCCUCAACCCAGACACCAACGUUUCCGUGAUAUGUCGGUCCAACUACAAAGCAGUAUCAAGCGACGGAUUCCAGAUCACGUCUCCUCAAUACGGCAACUACCAAUGGCGACCUACCCGAACGUUCAGCUCGGUGCAAGCCGCGCGCGACAGCAAAGUGAAAUGGGAUUAUGUUGUGGUCUGCACCAAGGCCCUGCCGGACAGGUCCGACGACUCCAAGCUCAUCGAACCUAUCGUCACGCCCGACGAGACGGCCGUCGUGUUGAUCCAGAACGGACUGGGGGUUGAACAACCUUACGCCCACAGAUUUCCUCGUUCUCCCAUCAUCAGUGCCGUCACCAUCGCAUCCUGUGCCCAAGUGUCUGACGGCCACGUCAAACACAACCGCUGGACCCGGAUCAAUGUCGGUCCUUAUUUCUCUUCAUCAGAGCCCUCACAGCCCGUCAAGGACAAAGCCACGGCGCUCAACCAGACCUUUGUUGAUCUGUUGCUCAAGGGCGGCGGCAUCAAGGAAGCCAUCGCCGACACCCACGAAAAACUCCAACUGGUCCGGUGGCACAAGAUCGCCAUCAACGCUUCCAUGAACCCUUCGGCCGUCUUGUCGGGGGGUAGCACCAACGAGGAAAUGGCAAACGACCCGGAACUCUACGCCCACCUCAAGGGAGUAAUGGACGAGGUCCUCACGACGGCCCCCAAAGUCGUCGGCAAACCCUUCCCUCCCUCCUUUGCCACCUCGGACGCCAUCUUGCGGUCCACUCAACGCAACACGAGCGGCAGCAAACCAAGCAUGUUGAUCGAUUGGGAGAGUGGGAAACCCAUGGAGCUGGAGGUCAUCCUGGGCAACCCCAUCAGGUUGGCCCGCGAAAAGGGCCACGAAAUGCCGAGGAUGCAGACUUUGUAUGCCCUCCUGAAGAGCUGUGAGAAGAAGCGAGAGCGACAGAAGGAACAGUUGAAGAAAGGUAGUAAAUUAUGAUGAUGGACAUUCUUACGGUAUGUACGUACACAUACAUACUCAGGUCGUGUUGUACGGAGUACAUGAAUGAAGAAACGAGUAUAAAAAAAUAUUGAAAGGUGUCACAGAGUCAAUCUUGUUAUUGUAGAUGAUGGCUACAAUAUAGAUAUAAGGAGUCCGUGUGCCUGAGCUAAGCAUUGAGCAUCGAUUCAUCCUUUUAUUCGUCGAGUUCGAGCAAAUGUCUUUGAAGAUA